GAUGAUACUAAGCUUGAAGUCGGAAACUGAAGUAACUAUUCUGUGCAAUCGCCGUCAGCAAUAGUUCUAACAUCCUGAGCUAUCACCUUAGGAACACAGUUCUAUAAUCAGAAGCAGUGCAUACUAACCUAGCUACCUAUUUUUCGGAGAUUUGGUCCUGAAACCAUUUCCAUAGACUCCGCCAGGUCGAAGCAACCGUGAACUUGUGCAGUUCGCCAUCAGCUGUUUAGUUCGUAGUCUUGAUAGUACCCGUUGUUAAUAAUGGCGAAUCCUAUAGGAGAGAGUUACAAAGCUGACCCAGAAAAACUGUUUAUAAAGCAGGAAAGGAUCGGGAAAGGUUCGUUUGGGGAGGUGUUCAAAGGGAUGGAUGUGAGGACAAAUGAGGUGGUUGCUAUUAAAAUAAUUGAUCUGGAAGAAGCAGAGGAUGAGAUUGAAGAUAUUCAACAGGAGAUCACAGUGCUUAGCCAGUGCGAUUCACCGUAUGUUACAAGAUACCAUGGUUCAUAUUUGAAAGGUACAAAACUAUGGAUUAUUAUGGAAUAUCUAGGAGGUGGGUCAGCGUUAGACCUAAUGAAAGCAGGUCCAUUUGACGAGGUCUAUAUUGCUACAAUAUUGAGGGAAAUUCUCAAAGGCCUAGAUUAUUUACAUUCAGAAAGAAAACUACACAGAGAUAUUAAAGCUGCCAAUGUUCUAUUAUCCGAGAAUGGAGAUGUGAAGCUAGCCGAUUUUGGAGUUGCGGGUCAGUUAACAGACACGCAAAUCAAGAGAAAUACGUUCGUAGGUACGCCAUUCUGGAUGGCACCAGAAGUUAUAAAACAGUCGGCGUAUGAUUCUAAGAGACCCACAGGUAAAGAACUUUUAAGACAUAAAUUUAUAAAACAAGCCAGAAAGACGUCCUACUUAACAGAACUAAUAGACCGUUAUAAAAGACACAAAGAAGCUGGGAAUGAUUCACCAGACGAAGAUCAAGAUGAUGAAGACAAUAUAGAUAUUAACCAAGUGGAUACGAAUGACGGUAGUCAUGGCGACAGUAAAUGGAUCUUUGAUACCAUAAAAAUGCAGCCAAAUGGGGACGCAUCAGCCGAGCCAGAAUCUGAUACUACGAAAGUGAUGUCUCGACAACCCAAAUCACAGUCUUUGCAAUCAUUGUUUGUGCCUUUAUUGACGGAGUUGAAAUCCAAGUACACACACCAUAAUACAAGUAUUGAUGAACUACAGAAUGCCUUUGAUUUAUCGGAGGAAUCCAGUCCAGGAAUUACUGAUAAACUAGUAGAUCAAAUUGUACACAGACUCAGACAAAGCAGCAUAUCACAUAAGAAGGUACCAUAGUAUAUCACUCCCUUACCAGGAAUCCAAGAUUCCUACCACUGUCUGUGAUUGUGAACUUUCUCUUGUGCAUCUAUCGUAGUUAUUCUUUCAGCAACAUGUACACCUAUAGUUCUGGAGGAUCCACAAUGAUGAUUUAG